GUUCGUCUGAUGAUGAUGGGGGAGUUGUCAAUGAUGAUGACUCCAAGCAAGAGGACAUGCCUUGCAGUGUUGAGCCCGACCCUCAUCCGGGUGCUGCACAGGGAGGAUAUGCGAUGGACGACGAUAAUGACGAGGGUGGAACGAGGCACAACGGAGCUGGCGGAGGGUUUGUUGUGCCUGAGUCUCAUUAUGUGGCCAGCGGGGGGACUCAACAGGGUUCGCAGGUGCAUACAACUUCCGUCCCGUAUGACAUCUUUCAUGAGGGUUCCAUGGCAGCUAGUCCUGCGGUGUCAAUAGGAUUUGCAGAGGAGCUGCAUCUCACGACGAUGCGUGACAUGCAACGCCAGGUAGGGUGGGUAUUUUCGGGAGCGAGUUCGGGGAUAUUGGCAAAGGCAGCAGGGGACAUGGGACAUGAACAUAGGUGUGCGGACGAGGUCGAGUAUGGACCACUGACAGAGGAGGGAGGGGCGGUUGGAGAGAGCGAGAUGGAUCGUAGGACCACCGAUUUUGAUGUGGCAGGGAGGAUUGUCGACGUUUGCCCUAGGACACAAAAGUUAUUGCGACAACAGAGGGCAAGAGAGUUUGGGCUGCCCAAUGCUGAGGAAGGUGCUAUUUCACAACCCCAGGGUGUUGGCAGGUCGACAGUGGCUGCGCAUGCAGGAGGAGAGGAAGGCACACAAUAGGCGGAUGAGGAGGGCGGGAGGGAUGGGGAUGAGGACGAACCAGUUGUGGAGGACACAUUUGGGGUUGGCCUUGUGCCCAGGAAGGACGAUAGUGAGGGGGAGGAUGGUGGAGGUGGGGUAUUGGCGACACAUGCUACCACAGGCAUGUCACACGGUGCUGGGACUACGAACACACACAGGGCUGGGUAGGGGUGCGAUGACGGGGAGCAAGCAGAGGAGGGAGGAGCGGUAGGCUCUCCUGCAUUGCAGAUAGUUGCCGUCAAGGAGCACUGCGCCUUGUCCAUAAUCCGAAAGGGUUGUGUGGUCUUAACUUGUAGCCCUGAUCCUCUUCCCUGCCACCUCGGUUGCUAGCCUCG